CGCCGGGCGGGGAGAUCUGUGCCAGCGCUUCCGGGCGAGGAGAGACGCGCAGGUGUGGCUGACCUGCUCCGUCGGGAGGCAGCGCAGAAGUCCGGGGCGAUGCGGGGCAAGGACGACGAGUACGACUACCUGUUCAAGAUCGUCCUCAUCGGGGACUCCGGUGUUGGGAAGAGCAACCUGCUUUCGCGCUUCACCCGGAAUGAGUUCAGCCUGGAGAGCAAAAGCACCAUUGGGGUGGAGUUUGCCACGCGCAGCAUCCAGGUGGAUAACAAGACCGUGAAGGCCCAGAUCUGGGACACAGCUGGGCAGGAGCGCUACCGGGCCAUCACUUCCGCCUACUACCGAGGGGCCGUCGGUGCCCUUCUGGUUUAUGACAUCGCCAAGUACUUGACCUAUGAAAACGCAGCGUGCUGGCUGAAGGAGCUGCAGGACCACGCGGACGCCAACAUCGUCAUUAUGCUUGUGGGCAACAAGAGCGACCUGCGACACCUGCGGGCCGUGCCCACUGACGAGGCCAAGAGCUUUGCAGAAAAGAACGGCUUGUCUUUCAUUGAGACAUCAGCUCUAGAUUCCACCAACGUGGAGGCAGCCUUUCACAACAUCCUGGCAGAAAUCUACCGGAUUGUAUCCCAGCGACAGCUUGCAGGAGGGCAACCUGAGACAGAGUUCAGCCACGGGACCACCAUUGAGCCCAUCAAAGUCUUGCCCACCCAACAGGGAGCGAGAGAGACCCCUUGUUGCCAGAACAUCUAACCUCUGGUGGGUUAGAAAGUGAGGUGGCCACCCAGAAACCACCAGGUCUUUCCCUGGUGAAGGAGAGGGCCCCCCUCCGCCAGGUGCCCGGUCUACUUGCUCUCCAUCCUGCACACCCAUUUCUCCACAGGGCUUGAAGCUACCCCUUGGUUCCAGCUGAGACCCCCGGAGGCUGCCCAGUCCUGGAUUCUCUUUAGAAGCUGGUCUUCAGUCUCCUAGGAAGCCACUGGCAGAGUUUGGGGUGGGGGGGAGGAAGCAUGAAGGGGGCUGCUGAACAGUCUCUUGAGGUUCUUGUAGAAUUCCCAACUCUUUGCCCCUCCGGUUGGCAGGCAGCAGCUCCCCUGGUCUUGAGACAACUUGAGGGAGAGCCACGGACACGUUGGUCCUUGAGAGUUCACACUCCUGAGUGGCCACCAGCAGACCAAGGGGUCUCUGCUCUUAUGGCUUCUGCCAAGGAUAUUUUGGGGGACGGGAUGCAUCUUUAAAACAGGCCACUUUCCCCACAUGAUCCCAAGUCCUUUGGAUGACUUUAAAAGUCCCUGGGGCUGCCAGGGAGUCUUGUGACUGAUUCCCAGGGCAAACCUUGCAGGUGGGUUUAGCUACCAGCACCCACCAAGGAAGAACCUGUCCUGCAGGUCUGCCUCAACUGGACACUCCCCUGAGUCUGUAAGAAGUGAGGUUACCUUGGUGAUUGUGUGUGUGCCUCUUGUAAAAAUGCAAUUUGACUUCUAACUGCUGGUAUUUAAGGUUGAGGAAGACUCUCUUGGCCAUAGGACUCUCCCAGGAAAUCAGGUCCUCGUUGCCAGUUGCUGACAAUGAGUCUGCAACAAUCAGACAUUCCCAACAAUCUACCUCUCCUCCCUCCUUUCCCCUCUGCUAGAAUUGGGUUCUUCUUAUCUUUGUGUCUUACUAAUAUUCUCUGAGGCAGUUCUGGAAUGUUCUGCAAAAUGUUACAUUAAAGCAUCCCUUUUCAAACCCC